GUAUCAACAAUUUCGGAAUAACCAGUGAAAACGAAAGUCAUUUAAAGCUGCAAAUAUUGAAAAAGUUACCAGUGAUUAUACAACUUAGGACGCGAUUAUCUGAGCGAUUGCGAAAUCAAAUCAUAUUUAUAACACCAUUGGCAGACAGUACAAGUGCGCAAUUAAGCGAAAAUGUCCCCGAAAUAUUUAUUGGAUCUCACAGUACUAUUGUGUCUGCUAGUGGGAAAUAUUAGGGAUAUAUCUUCUGAGUUCUCGACCCUUAAUGGGAUAGUCCCAGAACCAGACUUGUCAACUACAUCGAACGAGGAGUCCGAUGAGGAUAGUAAGGAGAGAGCUGAUCUCAAGAACCUCAUGCUGGAAUACGAGGCGGAUGACGGCAAUAGCUGUCUCUUGGAUAUGAUCAAGGACGAGGUGAUAUGGUGGCUCUAUCCCAAUGGAACCCUGAAGGAAACAACCCAGAAACUCGCAAACACUAUGUUUUUGGAUCUAUCGCAUGGUAACCUGAAGGAGGACUCAGAAUUGUACCGUGAGGUGAAGUCCUCAAGGAAGUUCAUCAGAUGGAGAAUAGAGGUUUUUUCGGCUGCCUUCAAUGCGCUGAGGUCUGCUCCGUUCAAGACCCUGUAUUCCAUGAGGGACUCCCUAAGGUUUCUGUCACUGCGGGGAAACAAUUUCGCUGACUUGAUACCAGAUGCCGAAGCCUUUGGUCGCUUCUUAAACGAAACCCGCUUGGAAGCAAGCACCACACAACACAAGUGCGAGGCACUACUCGAACAUAAUGCCACCGAUCUGUAUGAUCGGGAGUGCUACCUGUACUUUCAAAACAACACAAACACGCCACACUUGAUCACGACCGGUCUUGACUACUCGUACUAUAUUCGGAGGUUUCAAGAACGGUUUCAUCACCACGGAAAGCCAUCCCAAUCCAUAGCCUGGGCGAGUUUCCCGAAAAUGCCCCAUCUCGUGGAGCUGGACAUCAGCAACUGCAGCAUCGAGUUCGUGAGCAGGGAGGCGUUCCAAAACGUCAGCAACCUGCGACGGCUCUUCAUGUCGGCCAACAAGAUUAUGACCAUAAACCACGACACGUUCCACCACAUCCAGAGAGUGCAGUACUUGGACCUGUCCUUCACCAACUUCCUGACCUACAGCUACCAGCUGCAGUUGCCCACUCUUGAAAUGGCUCUCAGUCUGAUAUACGGCCUGAAGAUCCAGCAGAAUGUAUUCAAACUGCUGCCGGAACUGAUCUACCUGGACCUAUCCCACUCGAAGAUGACCAGGAACAGUGCGGUGGCAUUCGCCCAUCUGGGGGACAAGCUGAGGUACCUAAGUCUUUGCUACACCGCCAUUCCCAUGGUGAGCAGCACCAUCUUCAAGAACACGGCUCUGGAGGGCCUUGACUUGUCGGGUAAUCCCUAUCUAUCCUACAACAUUAUCGACGAUGCUUUCGAUGGCAUUUCCGAUACGCUGAAGUAUUUGUAUUUCGAGCGUUCCAACCUGAGGGAUUUGGAGUGGGCCAAGUCCUUGAAAAAUGUCCAAGUCUUAGGUCUAGCGGGUAAUAACAUUAACUCCCUGACACCGACCAUGUUUCAACCCCUGGAAUCGCUGGAAAUCCUCGACCUGAGCUCGAACCAUGUGGGCAAUUGGUAUCGCAGUGCUUUCCACAGCAACACCGCCCUGAGGGUACUGAACCUGAGGAGUAACACCAUCAAUUUGCUUUCCAAUGAAAUGCUGAAGGACUUCGAACGGUUGGAUUACCUCAGUCUGGGGGAUAACAAUUUCAUAUGUGACUGUCAUUUAAGAGCGGUGGUCGAGGUGGGGGCCUCCAAUAAUAAGGAAGCGGAGUGCUCCUACAGCCUGCUUAACUAUACCCAGAAAUCGGUGGGCCAGGAUCUACUCACGGCUGCAGAAUCACUGAAUAUAGAUCGUAAGCUCUGGCAGAGUCGCUUUCUUCCCUUGUUGAAGAAGAGUUACGCCAACGUCAGGAAUUUCAAUCUAGUAAAUCAUAUAAUCAAGUUGCGCUUCUUCUCCGACGAUUUCGAGGUCAUCUCCAAGUGCUCCUCAAUGUCUACAUAUCACUUAGAGAAUUAUGAAAGCGAUCUCACCCUAAAGUUCCAGCUGCUCGACUAUGAGGCCAGUCAGUACUACUGCUUCAAUAACACCGACCAACUGCAGGUGGAUGAGCUCAACUGCCAGCUGCGAUCUAUGAGUGAUAUCACGGAGGUGCUGCACCGGGUGACGAACACCGUGAUCGCAGUGGUGGGCAGUAUAAUUGGAGUCUGCAUCCUGGGAUUCAUUAUUUACCUGAAGCGAUGGCACAUUCACUACUAUUACUCCUCGCUGAAGUCCGCUGCUCUGUUGUCCAGUGCCUCGAAGGAGUCGGUGGACACCUUUAGCCACAUUUCCAAAAGGGAUCCCAGCGCUGUCUACGAUAUCUUCAUCAGCUACUGCCAGAACGAUCGCCCCUGGGUGCUCAAUGAACUCUUGCCUAACGUUGAGGAAACUGGGGAUGUAUCCAUAUGUCUGCAUGAACGAGAUUUUCAGAUCGGAGUGACUAUCCUGGAUAACAUCAUCUCCUGCAUGGACCGUUCGUACUCCCUAAUGCUGAUCAUAUCCUCCAAGUUCCUGCUAAGCCACUGGUGCCAAUUCGAAAUGUAUUUGGCUCAACAUCGCAUCUUUGAGGUCAGCAAGGAGCAUUUGAUUCUGGUUUUCCUAGAGGACAUUCCCCGGAGAAAGCGACCAAAAACUCUGCAAUAUCUAAUGGACGUGAAAACCUAUAUAAAGUGGCCGACUGGCAAAGGAGACGCCAGUCCCAAAUUGGAGGAGAGAAAACUGUUUUGGAAACGCUUGAGACGAUCUCUCGAGGUCAUAGGCAUCAGUUCCAGAGAGUUCAGUGCCUAA